CUCUACUUCCCGACAGCACUGAGUCACUGCACCGCACCGACUUUCGAAUACAACUUGAAUUCCCUGUUACUUUCCUGGUUCCGCUUCACCCUCUCCUUGUCAGAAUCAACCACCUUCUUUCAUCCGUUCUCUCCGAAUUCUCCGGUCGUGCUUCCAUCACGAAUUCAUCGUGAGGAACAUUACAAAUCCUCUUUUCCCAUCUUCGUCAUUCUCAACUGCGAACGCGUCCCAUUCUCGCCAACAAAGAUGGUCAACGUUGCCUGGGUCCUCUAUGGCGCCCUCGCCGCCGCCCCCCGGGCGACCGCUGAGCGCCUUGCCGAUGUCCUGGAGGAAGCGCCUCCCGGCAUCAGCUACAAGGUCCCUGAAGGAACGCACCCAAGGGCGUCCGUGAAAUCAGUCAAAUCCAGCCAUUACGCCCAGCAAAUGCGCGCGGUCAAUGUCGGUCGUACCACCAAGGUGAAUCCCAAAUCUGCUGCCGCAAUCCUCGGUGCUCAUCAGCGCCUCGCUGGCGGCUUCGGCUACGAAAACAUCACCACGACCACGGCAUACGGCACCCAGUAUGCCGUUGAUGCACUCUUCAACGGACACCGCAUGCCGCUGCUCCUUGACACGGGAAGCUCUGACACGUGGGCGGUCGAGAAGAAUUUCGACUGCAUCGACUACUCGGGCGAAUCGCUUCCCCAGAAGGCUUGCGCCUUUGGUGAGACGUACCCGGAUACUUUCCAGUAUGGUCCUACCGACCCGGAGAUGCACAUGUACAUCCAAUACGGCGACGGUGAGAUUGUCACGGGACCCAUGGGCUAUUCCGAUGUCACCGUGGGCAACAUCACAGUCCAGAAGCAACAGGUCGCUUUGGCGAACUCCACGUACUGGUACGGCAACAAUUACACCAGCGGAUUGCUGGGGCUUGCGUUUCCCGCCCUGACCAACGCUUACCUUGGCGAGUCCUCGGAGCACGACCCCGGCAACCAGGUGCAUUACUCGCCCUUCUUUACCAGCAUGGUGAGCCAGGGCCUGGUGGACCCGGUCUUCAGCAUCGCCAUUGACCGGAAUGCAUCCAGCGGGAUGCUCACUUUCGGCGGGGUUGCUCCAGUGAUCAACACGGACCAGAGCAAAGCCGCGACUCUGGACAUGGUCAUUACCACAAUCGGCGAGAUUCCGGAGAGCACCUACCAGUACUCCUUCUACACCGUUGUCCCAGACGGUUGGUAUUACGACCAGACGACGAGUACCAAGAAGUUGCCAUACAUUGUUGACAGCGGCACGACGCUCAACUAUCUGCCCCCGAAUCUCGCGGACGCCAUCAAUGCCGCUUUUGACCCUCCUGCCACCUACGUGUGGAUGUAUGGCGCAUACUUCACGUCGUGCGACGCCAUCGCGCCCCAGGUUGCAGUCCUGCUAGAUGGCAUCAAGUUCUACAUCAACCCGGUCGACUUGAUCUAUCGCACCAUGGUGGAUCCGAUGACUGGGCUAUGUUUGACUUCGAUUGCGAGCGGAGGCUCGGGUCCCUACAUUCUUGGCGACGCCUUUAUGCAGAACGCGAUGGUAGUCUUUGAUGUUGGAGAGGCCAAGAUGCGUUUCAUCCCUCGGCAGCACUACUGAUGUAACACACACCUCGAUCAAUGUCUGCGGAGCACGUUGCUGUUUUAUGGUUUUGGUGGACAACAUGUACUGCUAGGGAGCAGGAGAGGCACGGGGAACAUGUGUCGAUGUGGGAUGAAUCGGUUGAUGCUGGAGGGAUUAACGGACUCCAGGUCCUAGCUGA